AUGGCUAACCAUCGACGCCCCAACUCCUCCGUUUUCCAGCAGCAUACUUCUCAAUCCACCACACCUGGUGGCUCCUCCGGUCGCCACCCAGUUUACCGUGGUAUCCGUUUGCGAGCUGGAAAAUGGGUUUCUGAAAUCCGUGAACCGAACCAGACCACGCGCAUAUGGCUUGGCACGUAUGCGACACCGGAAAUGGCAGCAGCUGCUUACGACGUGGCUGCAUUGGCACUCAAAGGUAGGAAUGCAGUUCUAAACUUUCCAGACUCUGUUAUUUCAAGUACACUACCAGAGUGUCCGACUGCUGAUGACAUCCGUGCAGCAGCUGCGAGAGCAGCUGCCACUCGAGCACCAGGAUAUGAAACUGGUGGUGGAAGCAUGACGUCAGCCCCUCCUGGUGGAUAUAUGGACGAUGAACCCAAUCUGUUGUCUGACAUGGCGGAGGGAAUGCUGUUAAGUCCACCGAGGAUGGAUUCCAGUCCACCACCUGAUGAUGGAACAGAUCAAUCCGGUGGAGGCAAUCUAUGGAAUUAUUAA